AGAGUCAUUUAAAUAAUUUGUCGCAGGUGAGGGUAAGCGCAGACUUGGAGCCAACUUCGGUGACAUGUCAAUGCAGACAGAAUGUUUCAAUAAUCAAAUGUAUAAAGUUAUUUUAAUAAUUAAGUGGCGUAAAAAAUCAUGAAAUACAAUGAAAAAGAGUUAAUUGAAAUAAGUCGGGGUAUUGGUGAACUGGAAGGACGUUUGAAUCACAAACGGGCACAUAAAUCAGUAUUCAAAGAACGAUGGUUCAAACUGAAAAGCAACUUGUUAUUUUACUUCAACAUCACAGAACUAGGGCAGGUUGACGAAAAACAACCUGCUGGAAUAAUAAUCCUCGAGAACUACAACGUCAACACGGAUGCCGCGUCAGAAGGACCAUUUGCUUUCAGCAUCGUGUUCAGAGAUGAGCAAGACAAGCGUCACAUUCUGACCGGGAGGUCUGAGUCACAAGUCAGCCAGUGGGUGUCUGCGUUGAAGCAAGCGAGCUACGAGUACUGGCGCUCCCAGCUGAUUAUGCUUCAGGAAAAAUUAUGUCAGAAGACUGGUAAAGAUCCAUUACUCAUUUUUCCGCGUAACCGCGGAGUCAUCAGAGAUGAAGCCUGGAAUACAACGACAACUUUCCGAUCUCACAUACGUUCAUUAACCGGUUCCACGUCCUCGCUGACGUCUGUUAUUAAUAAGGAAACAAAUCUCAUCGAGUUAUCGUAGCUAUCUACCUUUUGUACAGAGAUUAAUAAUAAUAACUGCAUUAUUGACAACCAAAUAUAUUUAUUGAUCAAUUUAACAAACAUUUUCUUUUUGUUUUAACUAUUUAAUUGUGCUUACUGUAAUUAUAAAUAGAUUCUGGUUGAUGAAAUGUAAAAUUAAUAACUAUUUUGAUAACAAUAAAUCAGUAAAUUAUUUUUAAAUAAA